AUACUCCACCAGAGGUAUAUGAAGCACUCUCUGAGUUAGGCUACCGCAGUUUCCGGCAAGGACAGGAAGAGGCUGUCAUGAAGAUUCUGUCAGGUGUCUCGUCACUGGUUAUCCUGUCUACUGGAAUGGGGAAGUCUCUGUGUUAUCAGCUGCCGGCAUAUAUGUACGCCAAGAGAUCCCCCUGCAUCGUGCUGGUUAUAUCUCCACUGGUCUCACUAAUGGAUGAUCAGGUGUCUGGUCUUACCCCGAAUCUGAAGGCGGCUUGUGUUCACUCCAACAUGACAAAGUCUCAGCGUGACGCAGCUAUUGAGAAGGUGAAGCAAGGCAAGGUGCACGUUCUUCUCCUGUCGCCCGAGGCUCUAGUUGGGGGAGGUCAGUCUGGCUCCAGCUGUUUACCUCCCGCUGACCAGCUCCCUCCAGUGGCCUUCGCCUGUAUAGAUGAAGUUCAUUGUGUAUCCGAGUGGUCCCACAAUUUCCGUCCCUGUUACCUCCGACUCUGCAAGGUUCUCCGGGAGCGCCUUGGUGUCCGUUGUCUCCUAGGUCUUACAGCCACAGCGACUUUGGGUACAGCGCGGGAUGUUGCCCGACACCUGGGGGUCCCCGAUCAUGAGGAUAUUUCCCUCCAAUCUGCUGCUGUUCCUGGUAAUUUACAUCUCUCAGUGUCUAUGGACAGAGACCGAGACCAGGCUCUUGUCACUCUCCUGAAAGGUGAACGUUUUAGGAAUUUGGAUUCGGUUAUUGUUUAUUGUACACGAAGAGAGGAGACGCAACGUUUAGCUGCGCUGCUACGUACCUGCCUGCAGGGGGUGACUGUGCAGAAAAGCCUCACAUCAGAAGGGGACGUGAAUCCAGUAUCUGAAAGAAAGAAACUUCAGGCCAAGAAAAAAAUCCGCCGACCUCUGAAGUGGAUGGUGGACUCGUACCAUGCUGGAUUAUCGGCUGCAGAGCGCCGUCGGGUGCAGAACAACUUCAUGAGUGGCCAGCUGCGUAUAGUGGUAGCCACUGUGGCGUUUGGCAUGGGACUAGACAAGUCGGAUGUGAGAGGGAUCAUUCACUAUAAUAUGCCCAAGAACUUUGAGAGUUACGUCCAGGAGAUUGGGAGAGCUGGACGCGAUGGCAAGGACGCCCACUGCCACCUGUUCCUCGCCCCUGAUUCCCAGGAUGUGAAUGAGCUGCGUAGACACGUGUAUGCGGAUUCUAUGGAUUAUUUCGCAGUGAAGAGACUUGUGCAGCGUGUCCUCCCGAAGUGCAAGUGUGGCGACUUGCAGAGCAGACGAGAGGCUGUGCGCAGGGGAUGUGAAGUGGACGACUGUGAAAUGAUUGAUUUCCUGGAGCAAUGUGCAGAAGAAGAGGGAAAAUGUAAGAAGGAACCGGCGGAGCGGAUAUGCCAUAGACAUGAGCGCGUUCUACCCAUAGAGGACACUGUACAGGCUCUGGACGUUCGGGAGGAAGGUAUUGAAACUCUCUUGUGCUACUUGGAACUUCAUCCUUGCCACUGGCUGGAGCUUCUUCACCCCACUCUCUCUAUAUGUCGUGUGACAUGCUACAGCGGUCCUCAGCAGCUCCGCACCCUAGCUCGCAGUUGUCCGCCGAUAGCUGUAGCUCUUGCCCGGGAGCGUCUGUCUGGUGUGGAUCAUACACAUGUCAGUUCUGUGGAGUUUAAUGUGGUUGAACUUGCAGACUCCAUGGGUUGGGAGGUCCUUCCAGUGAAGAGAGGUUUACGUGACCUGCAGUGGCACUCGCACACCACCGGAGGAUUCCGAGGGACGGGCAGAAGCGGGAUACUGGCCGAGUUCAGCAAGCUGUCCUUCCACUUCCGCUCCUAUGGGGAUCUGACCGAUGAGGAAUUAGAAGACGUGUGUGAUUACCUGUACCACAAAGUGACUGCACGAGAGGCGACAUCACUGCGACAGCUACAGACCUGUUACCGAGUGUUCCAGAGUGUGGCGUACAGGAGCAGCACAGCUUGUGCAGAACAGGUGAAUGCAGAGCGCUCUGCACAGCUCAAGUCCUUCAUUCUGGAGUAUUUUUCGGGGUUUAAGUCGCAGGCGGCAAAUGAAGAGGAUGAUCUAGCCGAGGAGCUGAGUGGUGUGAAGUACUGUACCCGCUAUUAUCCCCCACAUCCUGUCACAUUAAUGUCCUGUAUAUACUGGGUGUGA